AAAUAAAACUAAUAUGAGAAAGGACAGAAAGACAAAGGGCUUGAUAUAUGGCAAGGAAAUGGAGGAAACAAAAAUCUCCUCCAAUGUCCUCCAACCACACCCACACACAAUUUAACCUCUUCCCAAAAUUAACCCCUUUUUUUCCCUUCCAUUUAUGGGGUUUUAUUUAAUUUUUUCCCUAAAUCAUACACCUCAACAAAGAGAUAGAAUAUAUGUUACUACCCCAGCCACAUUCUCUCCUCCUUUAUCCUUCUUGAUAAAACUAACCAAGUAUUCUAGUGGGAUAUAUCCUGUGGAGUUGGUGAAAGGAAACUUGCCAAGUAUUCUGGUGGGGUGGGAAGAAUUAGUGGGAAGAAUUACAUAGAAUUAGUCGGGUGCGUGCAAGUUGGUUCGGACACGAGGGUUAUAAAAAAAAGAAGUGUACCAAGUAUUCUUGAUUGGGAAACAUUAAAGAGUUGAUUUUUUUUAUGUGGGUUUGAGUUUUCUUGGAAUUUGGUGACAUUUUUCCUUGGUGGGUAUGUGCUAUAGUGAAUAGAGAUGAAAAGGUCUGUAGAGUGUUUCAAUGGAAUUAAUUUUGUUGACGAAGAAGAAUCAAAGGGAAAGGUUAAGCAGAAAAAUCUGUUAAAUGAGUUGUUAGAAUUGCAAAAGGAUUGUGUCUCCAAGAAGAGGAAGCUGCAGGCUGCAAAGCUGAGGAGAGACAACAUUUUGGGUGAAGUCCUAUUCAUAAAGCAAAGGCUUAGAUACUUGUUGAAAAGUCAAUCUUCCAGUGUUGAGAGUGAAAGAAAUAUUUCACAUUUGAAAAAACACUUCGAUGCUGAGAACGAAGUCCCUAAAGAAGAAAGAAACAAUAGUAGCUAUGAUGCAGCAGUAGAAACAACUCUUCCUGCCUUUACCUCAAAUCUCAAUUCGGUAACAUACUACAGAACGUGAAGUAGGAUACAAAGGACUGUUAGCAGGUGCUGACGUGGUGAGAAUGGAGUGUGUUCCAAAGAAGUACCUGAUUGAUGACAUAAUAGAGUUGGAAAAAAGAAACUUCCUUGGCAUAGUCAAGUGACACUGAAGGUCUAAAAUUCUGAUAUUUCUUUUAGAGGAGCAAUCUCCAUAAGAUAGUGGAUAAUUCUUUCUUCAUCUUAUUGAUAUCUUAUUUUUGAUUCCCUUUUCGCUUUCCUCCUUUGCUCCCUCGGUGAAACACCUUAACUUGGAGUUUGCAAUAUCUAAAGUCAUCUGAUCUUUUUUUGGGCA